CUCCUUUUCCCUGCUGUUUGGAUGGUCUGGUCCUGACCAGAGGAAGAGGAGUGGCAGGGAGGGGAAAUGGUUAACAAUGACUUUAUGAACGUGAUGCCCGACACAAGCAACACAUCAAGACUUAACCGCGGCGCUCCAACUAAGGAUAUAUAUUUCCCACUUUGGAUUUAUUUCUUUUUAACCUCCCCAUUUUUUUUAAUUUUUUUUUUUUGGUGGGCUGCAUUUUAUCACCAUCAUCCAAAUGGAAGUUUGCUAAUAAGCUUCAAGCAUGUUACUCCCAAAGAUCGAGGCAAAGGAGGCCUGCGAUUGGCUACAAGCGGCCGGCUUCCCUCAGUAUGCGCAGUUGUUCAAAGACUGCAGGUUUCCCAUCGACGUGGAGCUCGCCAAGAGGGAUCACCACUUCCUGGAUAAAGAUGCUCUGGAUUCACUCAGCAGGCGACUGAUCACGUUGAACAAAUGUGCGGAGAUGAGGCUGGAUCUGCCGAAAGCGAAACAUCAAAGCGACGAAGACUUUCUCGAGGACGAUUUCUGCGCCAUCAGCCCCAGGUGGACGCACGACAGGCUGAUGCGACGAUGGCGGCGCCUGGACUCCUCGACGGAAUUUCUCCAUUCAUCUGAUGCCUCACGCUUCCCGCAGGACGUGCCUUUGUGUGACCACCGCGACGACCACCACGAUGUCUGCUCCAGUCGCAGUUCGAGCAGCACAGAGAGCGAACGGCAAAACCGAGAGAGUCCAAAAGAGGGCGCCGAUCCUAACAGAAGCACCGCGGACGACCAGGCCACCAGCCGGAGCUCCUCGCGCUGCUCCUCCUCCAACAAGACCCCGUCCCUGGACAUGUCGUUCAGCGGACCCCCGUCGCCUGGAGGCAGAAGUGGUGGAGGAUCGUCCACCGCGAGUCUGGAAGUCUACAUCAUGGAUAAACCACCACGCAAGAAAGGGACCAGCCUUCUGAGGAAGAUGGAGAAACUGAGAUUGAGAGGAACAACUGGACUCCUUUCUCCACCCAGGAACCAUGCAAAUCUGGCUGCAGUAGCUCGAGGGUCUGCGGAUGGAAGAGGCCCCUCGAGCUGUGCAUCUUCCUCACCCUCGUCCCCUCACGCCAUGAGCAGCAGCAGCAGUAAUAGCCACUCGGGGAGCAGCAGCGCGGUCAGCACGCCCAGCCCGGUCACGCGUGUCCGCAGUAAUUGCAAACGCACCGAAACGGGUGAAGGAGUGACUCGCAACAACCACAACACGGGCACCACGGACAACAAAGACCAACUCAAUAACAACAACAACAACAACAUGAACCACAACAGCCUUCUCUUCCACAUCCCCAAUGGCCACAAACCGGGCACCUUUCCAACCACCCUCGCCCACAAGCACGCCUUCUUGUCCCCCAUCAUGGAUCAAUCCGCUGUCAACUGGAGGACGGGAAGCUUCCACGGUUACCAAGAACGACGCAGUUGUCGCCGGGGCGCGUCGUCGCUCGACACCUCACCAAGCCCACCGGAUCAUCGGCUGAGCGUCUACGACAAUUUGCCGGACAACCAGCAGCUGUCUGAGAGCGAAGGUGGCAGCGGGGGGAGUGUUAGCGAUGCGGAGAGGGUGGGGGACGAGGUGUCUCGACUGUUGGGAAGCGAGGACGUUUUCUCGGCUCUGGACACAGUUUUGGAAAAGAUCAACGACCUGCAGCAACUGGUCUCCACCUGGGCCGAGAGUCUAUCCGAAGACGACUGUCAGCGAGAUUCUUCUUCCGCCUCUUCUUCUGUUUCCUCCUGCUCACCUGCCAGCGGCUCCUCCGCCACCUCCCCCUGCCCUUCCUCCCCGAUCCACAUCCACCUGGAGGUGCAACAUUCGGAGGAGGACGAGGAGGGCUUGGAGGAGGAGGAGAGCUGCGAGAAGUCGUCGGUGAGCGGGGACGAGUCCAAGACCAGAUCGCCGCAAGACCAGAGCAGCCGAGCCAGCCAGCAGCUGCACUGGUCCAGUGAGCAGAGCCUUCCCUCUUUGCCAGCCAGCCCGGGCGUGGAACACCAGUCCGUCUCCCAGUUCGCUCUCCUUCAGAAGCUGGCCCUGCUCAAACUCACCGCCCUGAUGGACAAAUACUCACCAUCCAGCAAGCAAGGCUGGAGCUGGAGCGUUCCCAAGACGAUGGCGAGGAAGGCCAAGGCGUCGCCUGCCAAGGCCAGGCGGGUUUUCGGAGUUCCUCUGCUCAUCAACGUGCAGCAGACAGGAGAGUCUCUCCCUCCGGCCAUCCUCAAAGCGCUCGUUUACCUCAGGACACAAUGUUUGGACCAGGUGGGUCUGUUUCGGAAGUCGGGUUUGAAGUCUCGGAUCCAGUACUUGCGUGAGAUGCUGGAGUCGGACCCCGACGCCGUCUUCUACGACGGGCAGUCGGCUUUCGACGUGGCCGACUUGGUCAAGCAGUACUUCCGGGACCUGCCCGAGCCCAUCUUCACCUUCAAGCUCUGCGAGUCCUUCCUACACAUCUACCAAUAUUUCCCCAAAGAUCAACAGCUGCUGGCGGCCCAGGCGGCCAUCUUGCUGCUGCCGGACGAGAACCGCGAGGCGCUGCGGACGUUGCUCUUCUUCCUCCGCGACGUGGUGGCCUGCGUGGACGACAAUCACAUGACGCCCACCAACAUCGCCGUGUGCCUGGCGCCGUCGCUCUUCCACCUCAACGCCCUCAAGAGGGACGCCGGCGCCAACAGAUCGAGUCACAGGAAGUACAGCCUGGGCCGCCCGGACCAGCGUGACCUGAGCGAAAACCUGGCCGCCACGCAGGGCCUGGCCGAAAUGAUCAGCGAAGCACAGAGACUUUUCCAGAUUCCGGACUUUUGGCCGGCUCUGAAUCUGUGCUCUGCCGCUCCGACUGACGAGGCGAGCGAGGAAGGGCUGGAGGAGACCAUGCGGAAGCUCCGGCAGAGUACGCAGCUCCUCAUCAAGGAAGCCGGCAACAAGAGUCGAGGCUGGGAGACUCGUCCCGCUCCUGAACACGUGUCGCUGGCUGUCAAGAAGACGUGGUCGGGAUGCCCGCUGUGGACGUGGCGCGUCUCGGUGGAGGUGGAGGCCAGCCAGGAGGUUUUGCUGCGCCGGCUUCUGAAGGAAGAGCGGCCCUGCGGAGGCGGCGCGGGGCUGGGCGCCGUCAUUCAGACACUCGGCGAGUGCGCCCACGUCUGUCGAUACCUCCGCCAGGGUCACGACGCAGGCCUGGCCUCCUGCCUGCCGCGAGAAGACCUGCUGCUCAGGACAUGGCAGUCGGAGGCGUCUUGCGGCCCACUCUUCGUGUCGUCCGUGUCCACGCAGCACCCUCAGGUGCCACCGGAGGGCGUCCGAGUGCACACGCACGCUUGCCUCUACCUGCUGGAGCCCACCGCCGCCAGCAAGACCCGCCUCACGCACGUGUGCCGCACCGACACCAGGGGGCGCUCUCUGGCGUGGCACAGCAAAGUGAGCGGACACCGCAUGGUUGCUGCUCUGCUGGCCCUCAAAGCAUCCUUCCAAGGGCAGCACAAGGAGAACACCGUGUGACGACGCUUGCUGGAAAGCGGGUUGGAAGGAGUUUCGAUUGUUCGCCCUUUUUUUUUAACUCUUGUCGCGCUCGUCUUGGCCAACCUGUGACGUGAUUCACGGACAAAAGGAAGACCAAAAGGGAAUGCGGGAAAAACGAACGAUGUUGCCUCGCCCGUGUCGAGUUGUGGACUGACCGGAACAAACGCAAGCUAUCGAGAUGUGGAUUGGCGCUCCUCGUGGCGUGAAUCAAAUGUCAUUAUUUAAGGGAACUAACAAAGUAAACAUAUAUUUAAGCUUUGGAGUGAGGUCGUGUGAAAGUGAUCAGAGCCACGCGUCUGAUUAAAGAAAAUUGUUUUUCUCUCAGA